ACUGAAAUGGAACAGCGGGUUGUAUCAUUCAUACCUCCCUGCUCGAUUCAAGGCUGUGAGGGUGGCCUUGAAAGUGAAGAAUAUGAAAACACUACCCCAGCAACUCCAGUUUUUCCAGAGACUCUUCAAGCCCUGCAGGACUUGCCUUGUGAUGGGGCCUUUGUGCCACCAACAUACAUCAUGUACUCAGAGAGUGUGAUGUCGGCAGAUGAUGUUCCUCAAGUUGAUGCAGUUUCAGAUGUUAAGGCCACAAAGACUCUCAGUGACAAAGAUAACAUUCUGAACAUAGAGAGGGAGAAACUGAAUGUGCUGAAAGAGCUUCUUGAGGUCGAAAAAAAGAGAUUACAUGUGGAAGAACAGAAAUUGGCCUACAUCAUUUCUCUGGAAGCUGGCCACUCUGGCCAACUGAAUGUAUCACCAGUUAUUCAGUUCCUUUAA